GGGGGGGGGAGCGGCGAUUCCUGCCCCGGUCGGGCGCCGGGGACCCUGUGCGUGUUUGUGGGCGCUGCGGUUCUGGGAUUUUUCCAUUUGAUACGUGUGAAUUUUCUGCAACCCAAAGAUGGCAGCAAAUAAACCUAAAGGACAGAAUUCAUUGGCUUUACACAAAGUCAUCAUGGUGGGAAGCGGUGGUGUAGGAAAAUCUGCUUUAACACUACAGUUUAUGUAUGAUGAGUUUGUUGAAGACUAUGAGCCCACCAAAGCAGAUAGCUACAGGAAAAAGGUGGUUCUGGAUGGGGAAGAAGUCCAAAUUGAUAUAUUGGAUACAGCAGGGCAGGAGGACUAUGCUGCAAUUAGAGACAACUACUUCCGAAGUGGAGAAGGUUUUCUUUGCGUCUUCUCUAUUACAGAGCUGGAAUCCUUUGCAGCAACUGCAGACUUCAGGGAGCAAAUCUUAAGAGUAAAAGAAGAUGAGAAUGUUCCGUUUUUGCUAGUUGGUAAUAAAUCCGAUUUGGAAGAUAAAAGGCAAGUUUCUGUAGAGGAAGCAAAAAACAGAGCUGAUCAAUGGAAUGUUAAUUAUGUGGAAACUUCUGCAAAAACACGAGCUAAUGUUGACAAGGUGUUUUUCGAUUUAAUGAGAGAAAUUAGAGCCAGAAAAAUGGAAGACAGCAAAGAAAAGAAUGGGAAGAAGAAAAGAAAAAGCCUAGCUAAGAGGAUCAGAGAAAGAUGUUGCAUUUUAUAAUCAAAAGCUUGGAUUCCUUUCCUACCCUGACCAUACUAAUAAAAACCAUAAUUUAUAAGCAUGCCAUUGAAGGCUGAAGUGACUGAAAUUACCCUAACAUGUUGGAAAAUGUAAUGUACCACUAAAAGCAUGAUUUGGAGCUGCACUGAAAGUCAAAUUCACUGAAAACAAAUUAUGUGGCUUCAAGAGAAGCAAAGUUCAGUCCAUUUCAUAAUUGCCUACCUUCUCACAUUUCUUCUGAAUGUAGUGUUUCAUAGGUAGUCUUUUCUUUAAUAGUGAACAGAGGGGCAAAGUAUUACUUUGUGGGUUCUUAUAAAGCAUACUUUUUUAUCACUUGUAUUUGUCAAUUCAACUUGUCUUUUGUUGCCUUGAAAAUUACAAUUGUGAACAUGAUACCUAACAAAGCAGUAUGCAGCUGUUUUGCCAUGGAGUUAUGCAAAUUAGAAAAGAAUAAUGUAUAUGCGAACAGCUAUGUUGAGGAAAACUCUGUGUGGUUCUGCAUUACCUGAUUAACUUAAAAGAGCAAUGUAAUCUUUUCAUUGAAACAUUUGAAUAUGCCUUAAUUUUAAAACCCAAACAUAGCAGGUUGCUUAAUCAAGGGUGUAUUUUCAACUCUGUUGCAUGGAGACUGUCCCUGUGCAUCAGUGCAAGACUGCCCUCUCUGUGGGAGCGCAGUUAUGUGGAUGAUUUUCACUCCCUAGCUGUCUGCUAGCA